GACAGCGAGUCAUUUGAAAAACGCUUAUCAUUUGUUUUCAACUACGUAAAAUGUACGGAAAAUAAGCAAACCGGUCAUCAGGAAAAUAAUCUUUUUCUUCGGUAGGAGCUCUCUUGUUAAAUCUCGAGAUAGCAGACUGAGUCAGACGAUUCUUCAACAACACUUGCCUCAGGGUGGUGACACACAGCUGCAAAUACAAGAUGCAUGGUUGUUAGAUAAAGAACUUAUAUCAGCACAUCAUUCUGCUUGUUGGACAGUUCCCUCUGGCGUUAAAAGUCACCGGUUGAGUUCGCUCGACGCACAACCAGAAUGCAGGGAGGAAAUUUUACGCACCCGCAAAACGUAACUCAAUUUGACUCGAUAUCCAGCUAUACAGAGCUUGCUCCACCAUUGUUCACUGCUAUCAUAAGUGUGGGUUUAAUCGGAAAUUUAAUGUUGAUUUACACCGCGCUCCGUUGGCCAGAAAUGAGAACACCGUGUAACUAUCUGAUCGUCAACAACGCAUCUGCUGACCUCUGUGUGGUUCUCAUUGGAGCACCUAUGCGGAUUGUUGAAGUGUACCACGGAUGGCCUCUUGGAGAACUAGCCUGCCAGAUUCUUGCACCAACUCAAGAUGUUUUCGUCGUGGUGUCGGUGCUAACUUACACUUUGAUCGCGUGGGAGAGACACAGAGCUGUCUUGACACCGUUCAAACCUAAGCUAACAUUGAGAACGAUAACAAUCGCCUCCGUUUCCAUUUGGAUUGUCUCAUACCUGAGCACAGGACUACCAAUUGCAUUACAUUGCAACUUGCAUACUAUUCAAGGAACACCACGAUGCUUGGCAACGUUUACAUCAGACAUUACUCGACAAAUCUAUGAGUCUUACUUGGUGAUCUUUUUCAUAAUAUUGCCACUCCUCCUCCAGACAUACGCAUAUUCUCGUGUAGUUCACUGUCUAAGGCGCAAAGGAUUAGAGAGAUCUUUCAGUGGCUCCACGAGAGGAAGCGUUAAAAGAAAGAGCAAAAAACGUAAGCUCAUUCGGGUGACAAUACUUAUGAUGAUACUAUUUCAAGUUUGUUACAUACCAAGAGGUGUGUUAAUGCUCCUUUACGAAUUCGCGCGCGAGCUAACGACCCAUCCAUUUUUUGGAAGGAUCGAUCUUUUUUUCAUGGCGCUAUAUUAUGCCAAACAUGCCAUCAACCCGAUAAUAUUGUUCACUGUAAGUACAGAUUUUCGCACUCGAUUUCCGUGUAGAUUAACCAACGUAGGAAAGUGGAAUUUUCCUAUGUUCAAAAGCGUGUUCUUAACUCGUAAAUCAACUCUGAAUACUCCCUUCAUGGAAGCUGAACAAAAACAGCCUAUUAAUGUUGAGGCGAAACUUUAACGAAACCACUACAAAGACAAACAUUUGAGUUGGGGUCAAUUUUAAAACAUCAGUGUCUACAAUUUUCUUUUUUCUCCUGAGAUUUUUGAAAGAAAGCCUAGAGUAGCAAUAAAUUUUGCACGAGACAUCUCCCAUUACUUUGUGAUAUAACCAUUGCAUUCUGAGAGAAAGCGAAGCGAAUUUUUGGCUUGGGAGAUUUACAUAUAUCUGUCGAGGUAAUUAAAAUCUACCCGACAUAUACAAGUACUAAGAUGAAGAAUGGACCCCAAAAAGUAAACAUUAAAACAAAACA